AUGGAUUACGCUGAUGGGAAUGCCAAUGGGCCGGAAAAUGAUCUUAAUUUUGCUCCAGAUGCGGUUUUCUCCGAUAGAGUACGCAGAUUUCAAGAGUUCUUAGAUUCAUUCACUGUUUACAAAGAUGCUGUUAGAUCUAUUCAGUUGUAUAAUAGUUCAAUUACCGACGUGCAAAAUUCGGAUUUGGAUAAACCGAAAAAAGACUCAGAAAAUGCGAAUGAGUCGCUGAUACAAAGGGUCACCAUUUCACUAGACGAUUUACGAGAAUUCGAUAGAUCCUUUUGGUAUGGUGUAUUGAACGAUCCUGCGCAUUUCAUUCCACCUGCAGAGAAGGCUCUUACAGAAUUGGCUUCUUCGAUGAAUGAUACACCAACAAGCGCCGCCUCGGAUUCGUUAUCUGCAAGACAUCCUUGGCGUUCGUCUUUCAAGGGCUCGUUUGGUUCUCAUGCAUUAUCUCCAAGGACUUUGAAUUCCAAUUUCUUAAAUAAAAUGAUUUCUGUCGAAGGUAUUGUCACGAGAACUUCUUUAGUACGUCCAAAACUUGUUAGAUCUGUUCAUUUUGCCGAGAAGACAGGUAGAUUUCACUAUAGAGAUUACACAGAUUCGACGACAACUUUAACAACUCGAAUACCAACACCGGCAAUUUAUCCAACAGAAGAUGCUGAUGGCAAUAAAUUAACCACUGAAUAUGGCUAUUGCACUUAUUUAGAUCAUCAACGUAUUACGGUACAGGAAAUGCCGGAAAUGGCUCCUGCUGGUCAGUUACCAAGAUCUGUUGAUGUAAUUUUAGAUGAUGAUCUUGUGGAUAAGACUAAGCCCGGUGAUAGAAUUAAUAUCAUUGGUGUGUACAAGUCAAUGGGUGCUGGUGGGCUUAACCAAGGAGAAUCUAAUACUUUGAACGGUUUCAGAACUUUGAUUAUUGGUAAUACAGUUUACCCACUACAUGCAAGAUCGACCGGUGUUUCGGCACGGCAAACAUUAUCCGACAAUGAUAUCAGAAAUAUUAAUAAACUUUCAAAAAGGACUGAUAUUUUCGAUGUAUUGGCACAAUCUUUAGCUCCUUCGAUUUAUGGUCAUGAACAUAUUAAAAGAGCUGUGCUAUUGAUGCUUAUGGGUGGUGUUGAAAAGAAUUUAGAAAAUGGCUCUCAUUUAAGGGGUGACAUCAACAUUUUAAUGGUUGGUGAUCCUUCUACCGCGAAAUCUCAAAUGUUAAGAUUUGUUCUAAACACUGCAUCGCUAGCAAUAGCAACUACUGGUAGAGGCUCUUCAGGUGUUGGUUUAACAGCAGCAGUUACUACGGAUAAAGAAACUGGUGAAAGAAGAUUGGAAGCAGGUGCAAUGGUUCUCGCCGAUCGCGGAGUUGUUUGUAUUGAUGAAUUUGAUAAGAUGACAGAUGUUGACAGAGUUGCCAUUCAUGAAGUUAUGGAACAACAAACUGUUACAAUCGCUAAAGCCGGUAUUCAUACAACUCUUAAUGCUCGUUGUAGCGUGAUUGCUGCUGCCAAUCCUGUUUUUGGUCAAUACGAUAUCAAUAGAGAUCCACAUCAGAAUAUUGCAUUACCAGAUUCUUUACUUUCACGUUUUGAUCUUUUAUUCGUUGUUACUGAUGAUAUUAAUGAGAUUAGGGAUAGAUCAAUCAGUGAACAUGUCUUAAGAACUCAUAGAUAUUUACCUCCAGGUUAUUUGGAAGGUGAACCUAUUCGUGAGUCAAUUAAUUUAUCGUUAGCAGUUGGUGUGGAUGAAGACCAAGAAGAGAAUUUAGAAAACCCCAAUGAAAUGCAAGCUAUGAAUGAUGAAGAUGAUGAAGAACAUAUUUUUGAGAAGUUUAAUCCAUUGUUGCAAGCAGGUGCGAAGUUGGCUAAAAAUAGAGGUAACCACUUGGGGGAUGAGAUUCCCAGUAUCGUUACUAUACCUUUCUUAAGAAAAUAUGUUCAGUAUGCAAAAGAAAGAGUUGUUCCUCAAUUGACCACAGAUGCUAUAGAUGUGAUAGUUAAAGGCUAUUCAGAAUUAAGAAGCGAUGAAAAUACAAAAAAAUCACCAAUCACAGCAAGAACAUUAGAAACUCUAAUUAGAUUAUCUACAGCUCAUGCUAAAGUAAGGCUAUCAAAGACGGUAAACAAACGCGACGCUUUAGUGGCAUCGAGUCUUUUAAGACUUGCAUUGUUAGGUGAGGACAUUGGUAAUGAUAUUUAUUACGACGAUCUGAGUGAUGAAGUGACGAAACGUUCGCCCCACAAAUCACCAAAAAAGAAACCACGGUCAAAUGGUUCUUCAAAUUCUUCACCCAACAAACCGCGGACGCCCUCAAGAAGGACAACUCCACUGGCGAUGGGCACUAAUUCAGCCACUCGAAGAAGACUACAGUUUGAUCCUCGUAAUCAGGAUGAAGAUUACGAAGUUGAGUUACAUGAAAAAUUACAAGAUGAAGCUUCAGAAUUGACGCGACAGCCAAAUAUGUCACCAUUACCAGCUGAUGAAGAGGAAGAUUUACAAAGAAGAUUGCAACUCGGAUUAAGGGUGUCUCCUAGAAGAAAAGACCAGCUAAGUCCUGGUAACACAGGACCCUUAAGCGAAGUUGGCGGUACACCUAGACUACCUAACGUACCUGCUGCUGCUCAGAAUGAUGAUGAACAAAUACAAAUUACAGCUUCAUUUGAAGACACAGAACCUGGUACCAUUUCAACAGGUAGAUUGUCCUUAAUCUCAGGUAUAAUUGCAAGAUUGACUCAGACUGAAUUAUUCGAAGAGGAGUCAUACCCCGUUGCCUCUUUGUUUGACAGAAUCAACGAAGAAUUAGAAGAAGAGGAAAAAUUUUCAGCUCCUGAAUAUUUAGCUGGUUUAAGAAUCAUGGCUGAAAGGAACAAUUUAAUGGUUGCAGACGGUAAAGUCUGGAGAGUUUAG